AUGAAGGUGGAAGAUGUACAACAUGCCCUUCGAGAGAUGAACAUUCCGAUGCCCAUAGGCGCUUUAACGCGGCCGCAGCCUUCCAUGAGACAGCUUCGUAUGCCUGGUGGGGAACAGCUAUACGUGCGCGAGGAUAUGGACGUUGAUGUGCAAUCCAUUUCGCAACCUGCUCAAACAAAAAUUCCAGUGAAGAGACACAUUCGAGUUCAUUGGAUACGGGUCGAUAACGAGGAAGAACCACCCCAAGAGAAAAAGGCAAAGAAGACGAGUCAAGGAAGUGGAAUGUCUUCUACGGAUCUUCCAGCUGCUUUGAGGAAAAGAGUCACUCUCCCAGCUGAACUCGCCGCGCCAUCAGUUUCGUUCCGCAUGGCUGCUCAAGGAAUACCCAAAAAGGAACAAAUACUGGUGAAACCAUCAUUUCUGGAACCGUUGUCGGUGGAGCAGCAAAUUUAUUUGAAAGAGAUCGUUGAAGCUUGUGUCGGCCAAGAUGAUCGGAAACGACAGCAAGCCCUGCAAUCGUUAGAACGGGACACUGGCAUCCAAGAGCUUCUACCACGCUUAUCGCGCUUGAUACAUACCUCCCUUCAUGAAUUUUUACCGUCUCUGAUGAGCUGCAUGUUGGGCAGAAUCUUGUGCACACGGCCUGAUUCUGACAAUCACUGGGCAUUAAGGGAUUUUGCCGGCAAGACUCUGAUCACCAUAAUAAAAGAUCAUGGGACCAAAGAGACUAGACGACGAUCGUUUCGUGCUGUGAAACGAAUAUUUGACGACCCGUCGUCGAGUUAUUCGAUGAUCUAUGGAACUAUCACAACUCUCCUCGAGUUUGCGUCACCGGUGGAGCUGAUCCGGUUACAUCCUCGAAUUAUGGCGUUGCUUGAGCGAACUCGCACUGCUGCGGCUACAAGUGCUGACCAGCAAGAGCGUAUUGAAGCCCAUAAAUUGCACGCUGCUCUCACGAAACAUGAGCCGGCCUUGCGUCGACUUAUCAAGCAGGCGGCACAGGCGUCGAAAAAGGACCACCCAAAAGGAUAUGUUUGA